AUGUUCACUUCUACAUAUGCCCUGGCGGCACUCUUCGGCUUUGCAGCUUCCCAAACUGUGACCUACCAGGCCGAGGACGCAGUCCUGUCUGGAACAACAGUAGGUACCUCGGUAGCCGGUUACACAGGCUCCGGAUAUGUAGAAGGCUUCUCCGACGCAACGGACAAAGUUACGUUUGCCAUUCCUUCCAACACCACUGGCCUGUACGAUCUCGGCCUCAUUUACAAUGGUCCCAACGGCGACAAGCAAACCUACAUUGUACUCAACGGCGGUUCCGGGUCGCAAGUCAGCCUGCCAGCCACUAAAGAAUGGACAACCGUAUCAGCAGGACAAGUCCUGUUUGAGGAAAACGCCAACAACACAAUCGAAAUCCAGAGUAACUGGGGUUACUACUUCAUCGACGCCAUAACGCUUUCUCCCUCCGCAGAGCGAGGCCCACACAACAUCACAGCCGUCCCCAUCAACGCGAAUGCAAACGCCGACGCAAAAGCCCUGAUGAGCUACCUGGGUAGCAUCUACGGCAAGAACAUCCUAUCAGGCCAAUACGACCAGGCCUCGCUAGACUGGGUGACAACCAACGUGGGCAAGACGCCCGCCAUCCUCGGCGUAGACAUGAUGGAUUACACCGAAGGCCGCAUCGCCAAGGGUGCCUCGUCCAACGAAACCACCAACGCGCUUGCAUUCGCAGAGAAAGGCGGCAUGGUCACCGUUGUCUGGCAUUGGAAUGCACCAGCCGGUCUUUACGACACUGAAGCCCAACCCUGGUACCGCGGCUUCUACACCGAAGCUACCGACUUCAACAUCGCGGACGCACUAGCCGAUACCACAAACGCAAACUACACGGCACUCAUCAAGGACAUCGACACCAUCGCCGUACAGCUGAAGAAGCUGCAAGACGCCGGUGUACCCGUCCUCUGGCGCCCGCUACACGAAGCAGAGGGCAAGUGGUUCUGGUGGGGCGCCCAAGGUCCCGAAGCAUGCAAGAAGCUCUACCACAUCCUCUACGAACGCCUGACUGUUCACCACUCUCUCAACAACCUGGUCUGGGUCUGGAACUCGGUGAAUCCGGAUUGGUACCCCGGAUCUGAUGUUGUGGAUAUCGUAUCUGCGGAUACGUACUCCAAGGGUGACCACGGGCCGAUUUCUGCUACCUACAACGACCUUAUCAAGCUUACGGAUGAUACCAAGAUGAUUGCUGCGGCGGAGAUUGGUAGCUUGAUGGAGCCGGAGCAGUUGCAGGCUUACCAGGCGGAUUGGGUCUUCUUUGCUGUAUGGAGUGGCGAGUAUGUUACUGGUGGAGAGUGGAAUAGCUUGGACUUGAUGAAGAGGAUCUACGGAGAUGAGUAUGUUUUGACGCUGGAUGAGAUUCAGGGGUGGAAAAGUGGGAAUAUAACAGCUUGA